CUUCACAUCACACACACACACACACAGAGUCAGAGACACACACAGAGGCGAAAAUGGAGUUGAGUCUGGGCGGGAACGCGCUCAAGACCUUCGCUAGGUGCAUCACGUGCCUCGCACGUGUCGGUAACGAGCUCGUCAUUCAAGCUUCUCAUUCUCAGCUUGCUUUUCACACCCUCAAUUCAUCGCGGUCUACCUAUCAGUCUACUACAUUUAAGCCCGGUUUCUUUGACAAUUAUACAGUUUCUGGUAACCAAGUUAAAUGCAGUGUGCUUUUGAAGGCCGUUUGUUCUGUUCUUAGGACACCCAUUGCAAGUAUUGAUAAUUUGAGCAUAAAGUUACCUGAUCCAGACUCGUCAAAAGUGCAAUGGACGCUGGAAUGCUAUAGUGGCAUGAGAAAAACCUAUUGGAUUACUUGCAAUGUUGAACCCGACAUACAACAUUUAUCUCUUGAUAGGAGAAAAUUCCCAAGCAGCUUUGUAGUGAGGCCUCGUGAUUUCAAUAGAUUGCUUUCUAAUUUUCAGUCAUCUCUUCAGGAGAUUACUAUCAUUGCAACAGAACGGACCUCCUUACCUUCUGACACUGCAAGUGAGAUUGAAGGAAAAGCAGUUGAACUCAGAAGUUAUAUAGAUCCAACCAAAGAGAAUGACUCCUCGCUGCAUACUCAGCUGUGGAUAGAUCCUGCAGAAGAGUUUUUGCAGUAUACUCACACUGGAGACCCUGUAGAUGUCACAUUUGGUGUAAAAGAACUGAAGGCCUUUCUUACUUUUUGUGAAGGAUGUGAAGUUGACAUUCACUUGUACUUUGAAAAGGCUGGCGAGCCAAUUCUCAUGGCACCAAAAUUCGGCUUAGAUGAUGGAUCCAGCUCAAACUUUGAUGCUACACUUGUCCUUGCAACCAUGCUUAUAUCUCAGCUCCACGAAGGAAAUCCCUUGGAACCUCCACAAGUAGCUACAUGCACAAGACAUCUCCAGAAUGAGCAUGGAACAGGGUCUGAAGCUCAACGUGAAAGGUGUAGACCAAAUAUUUCUGAGCUUCCAUCUGAUCACACCAGAAUUUGGUCUGAAAUUUCAGGAAGCGCAGCAAAAAGUGGCGGUGGAAGUGGUACUGGAGAAAGGCAGGUUCAAGGGGAAAGAAAUUUGAACGCCAGUGAACAAAGGGAAAUUCAGAGGAUUAGCACAAUGCAAAUCUCACAAGCUGCAUGUGCUAGAGGAAAUGAGCACGCAAAUCCCAAUAUCUGCCAUCCCGCAGAAAAGGAUCAUGCAGAACAAUCACGAGAUAGGCCAGAUACUAAUGCUCAUGGAUUUUCACAACGUCAUCCUAGUAACUGGGUAGAUGCGGAUGAGGAUGAGGAUGAUAAUAAUAAUGGGGAUGAUAACGAACUAUGCAUUCAGUCAACACCACCCUACUAUGAGGAACAAUAGCCUCCAUUGAUCUCUAUCUUAAAGACAGGCUACUGGUUGUAUGUCUAUUGUAAGUGCAUCUCUUAUAAUGACCUGCUUUGUCCUCACAAAUUAUUUUUUUAUCUAGUAAAUUUUUGGUGGUUUUUCCUAUUUUACCCACCCUUAUUAUCACUCUGCUAUUGUAUUAAAUGCAAUUCAAUACAAGGUAGAUCCUACAUCCAGGAUUCCAAAAGGUGGUUGAUUAUGUGCUCUGCUUUCGAAUGAUUUUUAGUGUACUCAAAUACAGAAUAUAAUCAUGCACCUCAAUUGAAACCAAAAGAAAGUAGGAUGUUGUACAUAAUAUGCAUUUAGUAAGUUUCCAUGAAGUGUUAGCAAGCCAGUAAACAUAUACGUGUGAUAUUACUUCAUUUUGCUAGGGUUGCAUUACUCUAAAUUGUCAGUCCUGGUGAAAUACAAUUUGGAAAUUUUCUUGAGUUAGGUCAUGGGACUGGUGGGUGGCUCAAUAACUCUCAGGAGGUGAUCCGUCACAAUCAUGCCGCAGUUAUAAGGCCCUGUUGUUUUUUUGAUGUAGUUGUAAACCGAAUCUUUAAAGUGUUGAUGCC